AAAAUUGGGCAACAAUUUUAUUAGCGAUUAUAAUAUUUUUUUUAUUAUAUAGUUCUAUUGUGUAACCCUCAAGCAAAUGAAGGUCCAAGGAAGCUAACCCUCAAUCAACCUUGGUGGGCUAAGUAAGAACCAUAGAAAUUUGUCCUACUAUCCUGCGUUAGUCCUUUAAAAGGGGUACUCCGUUACCAGCCCGGUACGAGUUCGGAUCAGAGCUUAGAGCUAGAGAGAAUACCUGAUGGGGAAGUCCCUGCAUCUAAAUCUUUGCCAUGCUCCAAAAUUACAAAUUUUCAUAAACAGGUCACAUGGGUUUCUCCAUUCCAUUGCUCUAAUUUUCUUGAUUUACUAUAGAGCUUCCUUUCUCCUCCAAGACCCAAAAACAAGAGCUGCACCUUUAUUUUUAUGGCUUCUUGUCUUUGCUUCUGAGCUGCUUCUGUCCUUCAUAUGGUUGCUUGGCCAAGCCUUUCGCUGGCUUCCUGUUUCUCGCACAGUUUUCCCUGAAAGAUUGCCCAAAGAUGAGAAGCUGCCUCCAGUUGACGUAUUUAUAUGCACUGCGGAUCCUGAUAAAGAGCCAAUUGUGGAUGUAAUGAACACUGUUUUAUCGGCUAUGGCACUUGAUUAUCCAGCACAAAAGCUCCAUGUGUAUUUAUCAGAUGAUGGUGGUGCUGCUAUAACUUUGCUUGGUAUGAGAGAAGCUUGCAGGUUUGCAAGGUAUUGGUUACCGUUUUGUAAGAGGUUUGGAAUCAAGACUAGGUGCCCAAAGGCCUAUUUCUCAUCAGCUUCAGAGGAUGACGAUAUUAGCUAUGGAGGUGAGGAGUUCAUGGCAGAGAAGCAAAUAAUUCAGGAGAAAUAUGAAGUUUUUAAGGAACACUUGUUGAGGUCUAAAGAAGAUUUGGGUUUUGAAGACACAAACAAUAUUACUACCACUCGAGAUCACCCUGCUCUCAUAGAGGUGAUUCAGGAGAAUUCCAACGAGAUGCCCCUUGUUGUUUAUGUUUCUCGUGAGAAAAGGCCUUCUCAUCCUCAUAAUUUUAAGGCUGGAGCCCUUAAUGCGCUUCUUAGGGUCUCUGGGGUAAUUAGCAACUCUCCCUAUGUACUAGUGCUAGAUUGUGACAUGUACUGCAAUGACCCAACUUCAGCUAGGCAAGCUAUGUGUUUCUACCUUGAUUCCAACAUCUCUUCCUCUCUAGCAUUUGUUCAGUUCCCUCAGAGAUUUCAUAACUUUAAUAAGACUGACAUCCAUGAUGACGGUCUAAUAAGAUCCACAUUUGAGAUAUUAUGGCAUGGCAUGGAUGGGCUGAAAGGACCAGUCUUAUCUGGUAGUGGCUUUUAUAUGAACAGGGACUCUGUAUGCGGUAAUUUUAUACAAAAAGGUAAUGAUCUGACUGAACUUAAAGAUGCUUUCGGGUUGUCUAAUGAGUUCAUAAAAUCCCUUGGGAGAAACUAUAAGGCUAAUGUGAUUAGUGAUGGGAACUUUUCCAGCACAUGUCUACAAGAGACCAAACUAUUAGCCUCAUGCUCCUAUGAGAGUCACACAAAAUGGGGUGAAGAGGCAAGCUUCUUGUACCUAUCUGUGACAGAAGAUGUCUUCACAGGGUACAUGUUACACUGCAAAGGUUGGAUAUCUGUCUACCUAAAUCCACUGAGGCCACAAUUUUUGGGUACUUGGGUCACAAAUUUAAAUGAUCUAUUAAUUCAAGGCACAAGAUGGAGUUCAGGGUUGGUUGAUAUUGGUAUCUCAAGGUUCUUCCCUCUUAGAUAUGCCACAUUGAGAAUGUCUUUUCUUGAAAGCAUAUGCUAUGCAGAAAUUUCACUUUUCCCACUGUUUUAUUCCCUGACUUUAUGGUGUUUUGCUAUUAUCCCUCAGCUUGGUCUGCUGAGCGGCAUCUCUUUGUACCCUGAGGUUUCCAAUUCAUUCUUCCCUAUAUUUGCAACUAUUUUCCUGUCGGCCAUUUCUAAGCAUUUAUACGAGGUCCUCAUUUCUGGGGGAUCAAUCCAAACGUGGAGAAAUGAGCAAAGAAUAUGGAUGAUGAAGUCAGUUUCAAGUCACGUAUAUGGAAGUUUGGAUGCGAUUAUGAAAAAGCUAGGUGUGAGGGAAGCAAGUUUCUUGCCUACCAACAAGGUUGAAGAUGAUGAAAACUCUAGGCUCUACCAAAUGGGAAAAUUUGAUUUCCAAACAUCAACCAGGCUACUUGUUCCAAUGGUCACGGUGGCAAUCUUGAACAUGGUAUCAUUUCUUGUGGGAGUUGUAAGAAUCAAAGAAUGGAACAAGAACUUUGUCCCAGUUUUCCUUUCAUUUUAUAUCUUAGUUAUCAAUUAUGCAAUUAUUGAAGGGAUGAUUAUAAGGAAGGACAAAGGGCGGAUUCCAGCAUCAGUCACUCUUCUUUCCACCUUAAUUUCUUUUUGUUUGAUUUUUCUGUCUUUAAUAGGAUCUAUCAUUUUCUUGUAAUAACAAAAUUUCCAUUACUUAUGUAGAUCUUUGGUUUCUAUAUGUAUCUUAGUGGAAUAAAAGAACAUGCCUAGUGAUUUUUAAUAAAA